GCUCGCACGCCUCGUUCGUGCCAAAUUCUCAAACACGCUUGUCUCCACACACACGACACGAGCGAGAACCCUACCUCGUGAGACGCAUCUCGCAUGCUUCACUCGCACGUUCGCCACCAUAUCCCCGCCGGCCAGACUUCGCCCAUUUCUCGCCGCCGGGAUCUCCCCGGAGCCGCCUUCCACUCUCCGGCUCUUCGUCCUCCGCCGAUCCGUGCUGGAAUCCCGCGACGGUCACCGGGAAUUUCGGUAUCGACGGAGUUCUUAACGAUCCAGCAGGGAGAAGACCGAUCGACGGAGAAUUCAUUAAUUUUAUCAUGAUCUCGAUCUCGAUGGUAACCUCGUAGUGAUUUUUGCAAAAUUCCUACAAAGGGUUAAUAUAAUUUAAGGAAAGAGUACAUUUUUACUUGGUGGUGUUAUUGUGAAGCCUGUGGAAUUCCUUUGGACAUGAAUUUUUAGGUUUUAAAAGGAGGGCAUUGAUAAAUUUUGAUGGUUUUGAGAAUCAACAGAAUUGGUAGGAUAUUUAUACAUUAAAUUAAAUUAAGUUAUUGAGGGUUCAGAUUUGGGAUUAUGGCAACUGAUAUGCAAAGGCUGGUUGGAAUGAGUGAGGAUGAUGGAGAAAUGGGAAUGGGUGUGAAAGACGAGGAUGACGAGGACGAAGAUUACGAGGAAAAUGGAGGUGAGCAUGGAAAUGCUUUACAAGUGGCAGAGUUUGAUGGUGGGAGUGGGAUGGGAACUGGAGCUGGUGACAACAGGUUUCAGCAGCAAUACGAGUUUCAAGAGCAAGUAGGCACUCCAGGUGGAGGUAAUCGAAGAUCUAGACCGGUAGAAGAGAAAGAGAGGACUAAGCUAAGAGAAAGGCGCCGGAGGGCUAUCACUGCUCGGAUCUUGGCAGGGCUUCGAAGGCAUGGUAACUAUAAUCUUAGGGUUAGGGCUGACAUAAAUGAUGUUAUUGCUGCUCUAGCUAGGGAAGCUGGAUGGGUGGUUCUUCCAGAUGGCACUACUUUUCCCUCAAAAUCUCAGGGUCAGGUACCAGCUGGCGGCAGUUCUGCAGGUGUUACUUCAUCAUCAUCCCACGUGCCUUCCCAACACCCUCCGUCUGUUUCCCUCAGAGGCGCUGCUACUGGCAAUAGGACUCCUUUAGAGUACAAUGCAUGUCCAAUGAAAGAUGUUUACAUUCCAGCUCCAUCUCCAUCCCCUUAUGAUCUAUCCUCAAGUUCCCGGUCUCAAACAUCUAUGUUAAGGGACGGAAAAAUGCAAAGAGACAAUCCACCUGUGAUUGGUGGUUCAAUAGAUACCAUUAAUGAGAAGCAGAUUUUGGACAUUCCAGCUAGAUUACCAGAACGUGAUUUUGCCGGGUCCCCAUAUGUUCCUGUUUAUGUGAUGCUACCAUUGGGAGUGAUCAAUAUUAAAUGUGAACUUGUUGAUCCGGAUAGUCUACUAAAGCAGCUGAGGAUGUUGAAAUCAGCAAAUGUUGAUGGUGUUAUGGUAGACUGCUGGUGGGGAAUAGUGGAAGCACAUACUCCACAGGAAUAUAAUUGGAAUGGUUACAAGAGACUCUUUCAAAUGGUGCGUGAGCUUAAGCUUAAGUUGCAGGUUGUCAUGUCUUUUCAUGAAUGUGGAGGCAAUGUUGGUGAUGAUGUUUGUAUUCCAUUGCCCCAUUGGGUUGCUGAAAUUGGUAGGAGCAAUCCAGAUAUUUUUUUCACUGAUAGAGAGGGAAGACGCAAUCCUGAAUGUCUUUCUUGGGGAAUAGAUAAGGAACGUGUUUUGAGUGGUCGGAAUGCUGUUGAGGUUUAUUUUGAUUUCAUGAGAAGUUUCCGGAUAGAGUUUGACGAGUAUUUUGAGGAUGGUUUUAUCUCGCUUGUUGAAGUUGGACUAGGACCAUGUGGAGAGCUAAGAUACCCAUCAUGUCCAGUAAAGCAUGGUUGGAGAUAUCCUGGUAUUGGUGAAUUCCAGUGCUAUGAUCAGUAUAUGUUGAAAAGUCUUAGGAAAGCAGCAGAAGCAAGAGGCCACACUAUUUGGGCUAGAGGGCCAGAUAACGUGGGUACCUAUAAUUCUCAGCCACACGAAACAGGUUUCUUUUGCGAUGGGGGUGAUUAUGAUGGCUUCUAUGGCAGGUUUUUUCUCAACUGGUAUUCUCAGGCUUUAGUUGAUCAUGGAAACCGGGUACUCUCUUUGGCAAAAUUAGCUUUUGAGGGGUCCUGCAUUUCUGCAAAGCUAUCAGGUAUUUAUUGGUGGUACAAGACUGCUAGUCAUGCCGCUGAAUUAACUGCUGGGUAUUAUAAUCCAUGCAAUCGAGAUGGCUAUGCGGCAAUUGUUGCAAUGUUAAAGAGAAAUGGAGUUAGCUUAAACAUUGCUUGUGUUGACCUGCACACGGUGAAUCAACAUGAGAGCUUUCCAGAGCCAUAUGCUGACCCUGAGCGAUUAGUAUGGCAACUGUUGAAUGCCGGGUGGGAUGUUGGACUACCCGUCGUCAGUGAGAAUGCACUUCCUUGCCUAAACAGAGUUGGCUAUAACAAUGUUUUGGAUAAUACCAAGCCCGUGAAUGAUCCAGAUGGAAGGCACUUUUCAUCCUUUACAUACCUGAGGCUCAGUCCACUUCUUCUUGAGCGGCAAAACUUCAUAGAGUUUGAACGAUUUGUCAAGAGAAUGCAUGGAGAAGCUGUUCUGGAUCUUCAGGUUUAACAAGCAGAAAAGAGAAUCUUGUGGAGUUUGUAUUUAUAGUUCCCUCUACAAAACGGUUGGAGGAUUCUGAUACAGAUUAGUAGAAUAGAAUUGUUACUUGCUGUGGCACAUACUAGUUGUUAAUCAAAUAGUUUAGUUAGACUGGGGAUAGGUUUUUUAUGGGAUCAAACUAUUCCGAUUAGAAUCUGGAUGUAAAAUUUGUCCAUACAUUGCAACUCUGACCAGUAUUAGCCUUUACAGUGAUCUCUACAACUUUUGUACAUUGCAUCAA